CCUCACACCACCAGCAUGCCGAUCACCGCGUACAAAGGAGUUGUCGUCCACUCACUCGCAUUGGGACAGCUUGAGAUGCUGAACCCAGGACUCAUUGGGGUCAACGAAAAAGGCACGAUCGAAUACGUGGUGGACUUGGCGACGCAUUCCCUCGAUUCGGUCGCCUUUGACAAUCUCGUCGACUACAACGACAAGCUCCUCAUUCCUGGGUUCAUCGACGGGCAUGCUCACGCGCCGCAGUACUCGUUCUUAGGUGUGGGCAUGCACCUCCCGCUCUUGGACUGGCUCAACACAUAUACGUUCCCCCAUGAAGCAAAAUUCGCCGAUCCAGCAUAUGCCAGGAACAUGUACACCAAGGCCGUGACCCGGCACGUCCUCAACGGCACCACGACCUGCUCGUACUUUGCCACGAUCCACCUCGAAGCAUGCAAAGUUCUCGCCGACAUCGUGCACGACAUUGGCCAACGCGGGUACCUUGGGAAGGUCAACAUGGACCGCAACGCGACGCCCGAGCUGACGGAAUCCACCCACGGAUCGUUGGCCGACACCACGUCGUUCAUUGAGUACAUUGCAACCAAGCACAACUCGCUGCUCACACCCGUGAUCACGCCCCGCUUUGUCCCGAGCACGUCGUCGGCCCUCAUGACUGGCCUCGCCGCUCUCUCCAACACGCACACGCUACCAAUCCAAUCGCAUUUGUCUGAAAACGCCAAGGAAAUCGAAUGGGUCCAGGCGCUGCACCCCGACUGCUCCAGCUAUGCCGAGGUGUACGACCGCCAUGGCCUCCUGAACGACCGCACGUACAUGGCACACUGUAUUUGGUGCACCCACGACGAACGGUCGUUGAUGAAGAAUCGCGGCACAAGCAUGAUCCAUUGUCCAAACUCAAACUUUUCCUUGUCAAGUGGUGUUCUAAACGUACGCCAAUUGCUUAACGAAGGCGUCAAGGUGGGGUUGGGCACGGAUGUGUCGGCAGGGUACUCGACGUCGAUGCUGGACGCCAUCCGCCACGCCGUCAUUGCAUCCAAAGUGACGGCGCUCACAUCGCCGACGCACCAGCCAUUGACGUAUGCAGAAGCGUUCCACUUGGCCACAGUCGGCAGCGCCGCGUGCCUCGGCUUGCAUGAUGUUGUGGGCAACUUUGUCCCAGGCAAGGAGCUCGACAUGCUGGUCGUGGAUCUAGGGAGCAUCAACAGCGCCGUUGACAUACACGACCACGACGACUGCAGCAGCCGGUUUCAAAAGUUCUUGUUCUUGGGCGAUGACCGCAACAUUGUCCACGUGUACGUCCGCGGCCGCCAGCUCGUACACCUCGUGCAAACCAACGGCACUGGAUCGAUCAAAUAGAUACAUGGACGUCGUUCAAGUACAACACUUCUACCUGGACCUCUAGACACACUCAUAUCCAUCAUCUCUCGACUGGAACCGCCGCCGCCGCCACAUGAAAAGCAAAUGUGUUGUCGUAAUCAUGUAUGGCGGACCUAUUUCAUACUUCGAAGUAAUUCUCACUGCGCUCAUGGGUACUAUAGUUAGUUACUGUACUUCGACGUACUAGUACUACCUACUCAUGGGUGUAUCAAAUCGACAAUAUAUCGUU